UAGCACUCCACCAGAGUUUCCAUGGAGACCGAGGCCGGGCCGGCGCGGCCUCGCGGCGUUGCCAUGGAGACAACUCCCGGGCUAGGGCUCCGAAGCUCCGGCUCACCGCUGCCUCAGAACCCUGCAGAGCGGCUGUGCGAGACCGGAGCCGCGGUGGCGGCGGCACGCUGGGACCUGCGAAAACACUCUUUGCUCAUCGUGAUCGGCGAUAUCGGUACAGAGAGUCAGCUGAGGGCCGUGCGGGCCCACCUUGAACAAGGGAUUCUCUCCUGGGACAUUGACUUAUCAUCCUUUGACUUGAACCAACAGUUGAGACUCUUCAUUACCCGGCACCUAGCUCACUUCUCCUCAGAGGUCAAAGGCCAGAGGACACUCUGCCACCAGAGUGAGAGCCUAGAGACCAUCAUCUUGGUAAACCCCAGUGCAGACAGCAUCAGCUCUGAGGUUCACCAUCUCCUUAGCAGCCCAUCAGCUCACAAACUACUGAUCUUGAGUGGGCAAAGUUUAGAACCUGGGGGAGACCUCAUUCUUCAGAGUGGUACCUACUCCUACCAAAAUUUUGCACAGGUCCUUCACAACCCAGAGAUUGCCCAAUUGCUCAGCAAUAGAGACCCUGGAAUCCAGGCCUUCCUCACUGUGUCCUGCUUAGGGGAGGGUGAUUGGAGCCAUCUGGGACUGUCUAGUUCCCAAGAGACCCUGCAUCUCAGGCUAAACCCUGAACCCAUGCUACCCACCAUGGAUGGUGUGGCUGAGUUCUCUGAGUAUGUUUCUGAGACUGUGGAUGUGCCAUCUCCCUUUGACCUGCUCGAACCCCCUACCUCAGGGGGCUUCCUCAAGCUUUCCAAGCCUUGCUGCUACAUCUUCCCAGGUGGCCGUGGGGACUCUGCCCUCUUUGCUGUCAAUGGUUUCAACAUCCUGGUAGAUGGUGGUUCUGAUCGCAAGUCCUGCUUCUGGAAGUUGGUGCGGCACCUGGACCGCAUUGACUCAGUGCUGCUCACUCACAUUGGGGCAGACAACCUGCCAGGCAUCAAUGGACUGCUUCAGCGCAAAGUGGCAGAACUAGAGGAGGAGCAGUCCCAGGGCUCCAGCAGCUACAGUGAUUGGGUGAAAAACCUCAUCUCCCCUGAGCUUGGAGUUGUCUUUUUCAACGUGCCCGAUAAGUUGCGGCUGCCUGAUGCCUCCCGGAAGGCCAAGCGCAGCAUCGAGGAGGCUUGCCUCACUCUGCAGCACCUAAAUCGGUUGGGCAUCCAGGCCGAGCCUCUAUACCGCGUCGUCAGCAACACCAUUGAGCCACUGACCCUUUUCCACAAAAUGGGUGUGGGCCGACUGGACAUGUAUGUUCUCAACCCUGUCAAGGACAGCAAGGAAAUGCAGUUUCUCAUGCAAAAGUGGGCAGGCAAUAGCAAAGCCAAGACAGGCAUUGUACUGGCCAAUGGGAAAGAGGCUGAAAUCUCAGUGCCCUACUUGACCUCUAUCACUGCUCUGGUUGUCUGGCUGCCAGCCAACCCUACUGAGAAGAUCGUGCGUGUGCUGUUUCCAGGAAAUGCUCCCCAGAACAAGAUCUUGGAGGGCCUGGAAAAGCUUCGGCACCUGGACUUUCUGCGCUACCCUGUGGCCACACAGAAGGACCUGGCUGCUGGGGCUGUGCCUGCUAACCUGAAGCCCAGCAAAAUCAAACAGCGAACUGAUAGCAAAGAGAGCCUUAAAGCUGCCACCAAGACAGCAGUGAGCAAGCUGGCCAAACGGGAGGAAGUAGAAGAGGGAGCCAAGGAGGCCCGCUCAGAACUGGCCAAGGAGUUAGGCAAGACAGAAAAGAAAGCAAAAGAGCCAUCUGAGAAGCCCCCAGAGAAGCCUGCCAAACCUGAGAGGGUGAGGACAGAAUCAAGUGAGGUACUGAAGGCAGAGAAACGAAAGCUGAUCAAGGACAAGGUAGGGAAGAAGCACCUUAAAGAAAAGAUAUCAAAGCUAGAAGAGAAAAAAGACAAGGAGAAAAAAGAGAUCAAGAAGGAGAGGAAGGAGCUCAAGAAGGAUGAAGGAAGGAAGGAGGAGAAAAAGGAUGUCAAGAAGGAGGAGAAGAGAAAAGACACCAAACCUGAGAUCAAGAAAAUUUCCAAACCAGACCUGAAGCCCUUUACCCCUGAAGUGCGUAAGACCCUCUACAAAGCCAAGGCCCCUGGAAGAAUCAAGAUGGACAAGAGCCGAGCUGCCCGAGGGGAGAAGGAGCUGUCUUCUGAGCCUCGGACACCCCCAGUACAAAAGGGGACUGUACCACUCCCAAAUGUCAGUGGACACAGGGAGAUGGUCCUGUCAUCACCAGAGGAUCUCACGCAGGACUUUGAGGAGAUGAAGCGUGAGGAGAGGGGUUUACUGACUGAAAAAAGGGACACAGGACUAAGAGAGAAACCACUCCCUGUAGAUACUACAGAGGAGGGACCUCCAAGCACAGCUAUCCAGGGAACACAACCCUCUGCCCCUAGGCUGGAACAAGAAGAACAUGUAAUGAAGGAGAAGGAAGUUGUUUCAGACCUCCCUGAGGAACAAGGCAGCAAAGACAGAGGCCUAGACUCUGGGGCUGAAACAGAGGAAGAGAAAGAUACCUGGGAGGAAAAGAAGCAGAGGGAAACAGAGAGGCUUCCAGAGACAGCAGAAGUGAGAGAAGAAAGUGAACCUGAGGUAAAGGAGGAUGUGAUAGAAAAGGCUGAGGUAGAAGAAAUGGAGGAGGUGCACCCUUCAGAUGAAGAAGAAGAAGAGACAAAGGCUGAGGGUUUUUACCAAAAACAUAUGCAGGAAGCUUUGAAGGUAAUCCCAAAGGGCAAGGAGGCUCUUGGGGGCCGGGAAUUGGGACUCCAGGGAAAGGUGCCCGAGAAGGAGACCUCAUCAUUCCUAAGCAGCCUGGCCACCCCUGCAGGAGCCACUGAGCAUGUCUCUUAUAUCCAGGAUGAGACCAUCCCUGGUUACUCGGAGACUGAGCAGACCAUCUCAGAUGAGGAGAUCCAUGAUGAACCAGAGGAACGCCCAGUUCCACCCAGAUUCCCUACAAGUACAUAUGACCUCCCUGGGCCUGAAGGUCCUGGUCCCUUUGAAGCCAGCCAGCCUGCUGAUGUUGCUAUUCCUGUCACCUCGAGCAAAGGCUAUGGAGCACCAGAGACUGAACUCGCCUACCCGCCCAACAUGGUGGCCGCCCCUUUGGCUGAAGAGGAGCAUGUAUCCUCAGCCACUUCAAUCACUGAGUGUGACAAGCUUUCUUCUUUUGCCACAUCAGUGGCUGAGGACCAGUCCGUGGCCUCACUUACAGCUCCCCAGACAGAGGAAACAGGCAAAAGCUCCUUGCUACUUGACACAGUCACAAGUAUCCCCUCCUCCCGAACUGAAGCUACUCAGGGCUUGGACUAUGUGCCAUCAGCAGGUACCAUCUCACCCACCUCCUCACUGGAAGAAGACAAGGGCUUCAAAUCACCACCCUGUGAGGACUUCUCUGUGACUGGGGAGUCAGAAAGAAGAGGAGAGGUUGUAGGGAGAGUCUUGAGUGGGGAGAGAGUUGUGGAAGAGGAAGAGAAGAGGGCAAAUGUAGAGAUGUCUGAGAAACUUCAUAGUCAAUAUGGAACUCCAAUGUUUAGUACUCCUGGACAUGCCCUACGUCCAGGGGAACCAGCUCUUGGAGAAGUGGAGGAGCGGUGUCUCAGCCCUGAUGAUAGUACAGUGAAGAUGGCUUCUCCUCCUCCAUCUGGCCCACCCAGUGCCACUCACACACCCUUUCAUCAGUCCCCAGUUGAAGAAAAGUCUGAGCCCCAAGAUUUUCAAGAUGACUCAUGGGGAGACACUAAGCAUAUACCAGUUGUGGGCAAGGAAGAUGCUGCCAAGGAGACAGUCAAGCCAGGGCCUGAAGAGGGAACACUAGAGAAAGAAGGAAAGGUGCCUCCUCCCAGGAGCCCACAGUCCCAGGAAGAACCUGUCAGCAUUGUCGGGAUACAUACAGGCCACACUAUUCAGCUGUUGCCAGAACAGGACAAAGCAAUAGUCUUUGAAACUAUGGAGGCAGGAAUUGGGCUCCCAGGCCCAAUUCUGGGAACAGAAGCCCUUCCGAGAGAAUUGAGGCCAUCACUCCAAGAACCUGGUGAACCUCAGAAAGAUGAGUCACUCCUAUUUCCUGAUCGAAGUCUUUCCCCUGAAGAUGCAGAGUCCCUCUCUGUCCUCAGUGUAGUCUCUCCAGAUACUGCCAAACAAGAGCCCACUCCCAGGUCUCCCUGUGGCCUGACAGAGAAGCGCUUACAAAAAGACCUUUGGCCAGAGGUUUCUCCAGAAGACACACAGUCACCUUCUCUCUCAGAAGAGAGUCCCAGCAAGGAGACCUCUCUGGAUAUCUCUUCAAAGCAGCUCUCUCCAGAAAGCCUUGGCACCCUCCAGUUUGGAGAACUAAGUCUUGAAAAGGAUGAAAAGGGGACUUUAAUGCAGGCUGAUGACACAUCUUACCACCUAGCUCCUGUAUCUGUUCCAGAGUCCACUGUAGCCACAGUGUCACCUCCCACAGAUGGGACCACUGAAUAUUCUGCACAGACACAUAUCACAGAUGAAAGCCCUGCCAGAAAAUUACCUGCCAGCUCCUUCUCUCACUCUCCACUGUCAGGGGAUGGUAAGCACUCACCUGGGAUAAUCACAAGCCCUGGUGAACAUCUGACAUUUGAUAACUCCCUCACCAAGAGUUCUGAGUCUUUGCCAAGCCCUGCCAUGGAAGACAUUGCCAUGGAGUGGGAAGGUAAUGUUCCAGGGUUGAAAGACAGAACCCCAGAGCAGGAGGACAAGGAACCUGAGUCAAAGGAUGAAGUCCUACAUCAAAAGGACAGAAUUCUGCACCAGAAGGAUAUUAUUGUAGGGCAGAGGGAUACAACCAUGCAUCAGAAAGGUGAGACUCUGGAAGAAAAGUAUAAGGCUUUGGGACAGCAGGAUAAGAAUUUUGAACAAAAAGGCAAAGAAUUAGACCAAAAAGAUACAACCCUAGUGCAGAAGAAUAAGGCUCUGGAACCAAAAGUCAAAGAGUUAGAACAACAGGAUGAGGUCCUAGAACAGAAGGACAAGAUCCCAGAAGAAAAAGACAAGGUUGCAGCCCUGGAACAAAAGGACAUAGCCCUGGAACAGAAGGACAAGGCCAUGGAAUCAAAAGACAAAGAAAAAAAACACAGUGACUUAGAACAAAAAGACAAGAUCCUGGAACAGAAGGACAAGAUCCCAGAAGAGAAAGACAAAGACUUAGAACAAAAGGACCCAGUCCUGAAACAGAAGGACCAGACACUUGAAUCAAAAGACAAGGAACAAAAAGACAAGAUCUUGGAACAAAAGGAUAAGAUUGGAGAAGAGAAACACAAAGCCAUAGAACAAAGAGGACAAGAUUUUGAACAUAAAGACAAGGUUCCAAAAGACAAAGUCCCUGAACCAAAGGUCAGAGCUCUAGAAGAGACAGACAAAAUGCCUGAACAGAAAGACAAAACCCAGGAACAGGAUGAGGACUUAGAACAGAAAGAUCAGGCCUUCGAACAAAAAUAUUGGGCAUUAGGAAAGAAGGAUGAAGCCCUGGAACAAGACAGUAAGAUUGCUGAACAGAAAGAUAAGGCUCUGGAAGAAAAGGAUGAAACUCAGGGACAGGAAAGCUUUGUGCAGGAGGAUAAAACCAUGAAACCAAAGGAGAAAACAGUAGAAGAAAAAUAUCCAGAAAAGUUCAAAGCUACAGAACAGAAGGGAGAAACUCUGCUGGAGAAGACCAAAGUUCUGGGACUGGAAGAGAGUCCAGUACAGGAGGAAAAGGUCCAAGAGCAGGAAGACAAGUACUGGAAGGAGCAGGGUAUGCUCCAGGAGUGGCAAGAAACACCUCCAACCAGAGAGGAGCCAGUUGGAAAACAGAAAGAUCCUGUCCCGGCAUGGAAGGACACAUCUCCUGAGCAGGAAGUCAGGUAUUGGAGAGGCAGAGAUAUGGCACUGGAACAGGACACAUACUGGAGGGAACUGAGCUGUGAUAGGAAGGUCUGGUUCCCUCAUGAACUGGAUGGCCAGGGGGUUCGCCCGCGGUAUGCUGAGGAACGAGAGAGCACUUUCCUCGAUGAGGGGCCAGAUGAGCAGCAAGUGUCCCCUCUGCAGCAGACGCCCCGAAGUCCCUGGGCCUCAGAUUUCAAGGAUUUCCAGGAACCUUCACCACAGAAAGGGCUGGAGGUGGAGCGCUGGCUUGCCGAGUCACCAGUUGGAUUGCCACCAGAGGAAGAGGACAAGCUGACUCGCUCUCCCUUUGAGAUCAUCUCCCCUCCAACCUCCCCACCUGAAAUGGUUGGACAGCGGGUUCCUUCAGCCCCAGGACAAGAAAGUCCUAUUCCAGAGACAAAGCCCAUGACACCCAUGAGGAAUGAACCCACCACUCCCUCAUGGCUGGCUGACAUCCCACCAUGGGUGCCUAAGGAUAGACCCCUCCCCCCUGCACCCCUCUCUCCAGCUCCAGCUCCUCCCACACCUGCUCCAGAGCCACAUACUCCUGCACCCUUCUCCUGGGGCACAGCUGAGUAUGAUAGUGUAGUAGCUGCAGUGCAGGAGGGGGCAGCUGAAUUGGAAGGAGGACCAUACUCCCCACUAGGGAAGGACUACCGCAAGGCUGAAGGGGAAAGGGAAGAGGAAAGUGGAGCCGAGGCUCAUGAUGGCAGCCCCUGCAGCUCAAAGGUCCCAGAGACCAGUGAGAGCCAUGCCACCAGGGAUACUGAGCAGACUGAGCCAGAACAAAGGGAACCCACACCCUAUCCUGAUGAGAGAAGCUUUCAGUAUGCAGACAUCUAUGAGCAGAUGAUGCUUACUGGGCUUGGCCCUGCAUGCCCCACUAGGGAGCCUCCACUUGGUGCAGCUGGGGAUUGGCCCCCACGCCUCUCAACUAAAGAGGAGGCUGCUGGCCGAAACACAUCUGCAGAGAAGGAACUUUCCUCUCCUGUCUCACCCAAGAGCCUCCAAUCUGAUACUUCAACCUUUAGCUAUGCAGCCCUGGCAGGACCCACUGUACCCCCCAGGCAGGAACCCGAGUUAGGGCUAAGUGUGGAGCCCAGCCUCGUUCCACCUGCAGUGCCCCCCCGUGCCCCUAUCCCCCUCAGUAAAGGCCCAAGCCCCCCUCUUAAUGGUAACAUUCUAAGCUGCAGCCCAGAUAGAAGGACCCCAUCCCCCAAAGAAUCAGUCCGGGGUCACUGGGAUGACAGUACUAGUGACUCAGAGCUGGAGAAGGGGGCUCGGGAACAGCCAGAGAAAGAGACUCAGUCUCCAAGUCCCCCUCACCCCACCCCUGCAGGGCCCCCCACAUUAUGGCCUGAAACUGGGGCACAUACCAGCCCUUCCUUAGACUCACACCUGGGUCCUGCCCGACCCAGCCUGGACUUCCCUGCUUCAGCCUUUGGCUUCUCCUCAUUACAGCCUGCUCCUCCUCAGCUGCCCUCUCCAGCUGAACCCCGCUCAGCACCCUGUGGCUCUCUUGCCUUCUCUGGGGACCGGGCUCUGGCUCUGGCUCCAGGACCCCCAGCCAGAGCCCGGCAUGAUGAGUACCUGGAAGUGACCAAGGCCCCCAGCUUGGACUCCUCCCUGCCCCAGCUCCCAUCACCCAGCUCCCCUGGAGUCCCUCUCCUCUCCAGUCUGCCACGACCUGCCUCACCAGCCCUGUCUGAAGGCUCCUCCUCUGAGGCUACCACACCUGUGAUUUCAAGUGUGGCUGAGCACUUUCCUCCAGGUCUGGAAGCUGCAGAACAGGAGUCAGGAGAACUGUACCCAAGAAUGGAACCAGCUGCCCACAGCCUCUGGGACCUCACUCCUCUGAGCCCAGCACCCCCAGUUUCCCUGGACUUGGCCUCAGCUUCAGCUCCAAGCCUGGCUAGAGACAUGGAUGAUGGAACCCUGACCUGUCACCUAGAGUGCUCAUCGGAAGCCACUAAGAAGCCAAGUCCCUGCCAGGAACCCACUGGGGAUUGUGCAGCCAAUGGCCCAACUGAAACCAGCCCCAAUCCCCCGGGGCCUGCCACAGUCAAGACAGAAAAAGAAGAGGCUAAGGCCUGUCCUGAUUGGGAACGAGGGGCCUGGCCUGAGGGAGCUGAGAGGAGCUCUCGGCCUGACACACUGCUUUCUCCUGAGCAGUCACCGUCUCCUGGAGAGGGCUCUGUUGGCUCACCCCACAGUACCUCUUCUGAGGUUGAAGCUGGACCUCAGGGAUGUGUUGCUGAUCCCCAGCCACACCGUAGGGAGCUUUCCCCAUCCUUCCUGAACCCACCUCUGCCCCCAUUCACAGAUGAUAGUGACCGUUCAACUGAAGAAGCUCGGUUGCUAGGAAAAGCGGGGCGGCGCAGGGCAGGAGGCCCAGGGGCCACAGGGGGCCCAUGCCCAGUGGCUGAUGAGACACCCCCCACAUCAGCCAGUGACUCAGGCUCCUCACAGUCAGAUUCUGAUGUUCCACCAGAAACUGAAGAGUGUCCGUCCAUCACAGCUGAGGCAGUCCUUGACUCAGAUGAAGAUGGGGACUUCUUGCCUGUGGACAAAGCUGGGGGUGUCAGUGGAACACACCAUCCCAGACCUGGCCAUGACCCACCCCCUGUCCCCCAGCCAGACCCCCACCCAUCCCCUCCCCGCCCAGACGUGUGCAUGGCUGACCCUGAGGGGCUUAGCUCAGAGUCUGGGAGGGUAGAAAGGCUACGAGAAAAGGAGAAGUCUCAGGGGCGAGUAGGGCGCCGGGCCCCAGGCCGGGCAAAACCAGCAUCUCCUGCACGGCGUCUGGAUCUUCGAGGAAAACGUUCCCCCACCCCUGGUAAAGGGCCUGUAGAUCGAGCAUCCCGGGCCACACCCCGACCACGCAGCACUACAAGCCAGGUCACCCCAGCAGAGGAAAAGGAUGGACACAGCCCCAUGUCCAAAGGCCUAGUCAAUGGACUCAAGGCAGGACCAAUGGCCUUAGGUUCCAAGGGUGGCUCUGGCUCCCCUGUAUACGUGGAUCUCGCCUAUAUACCAAAUCAUUGUAGUGGCAAGACUGCUGACCUUGAUUUCUUCCGUCGAGUGCGUGCAUCCUACUAUGUGGUCAGUGGGAAUGACCCUGCCAAUGGCGAACCAAGCCGGGCUGUGCUGGAUGCCCUGCUGGAGGGCAAGGCCCAGUGGGGGGAGAAUCUUCAGGUGACUCUGAUCCCCACUCAUGAUACGGAGGUGACUCGUGAGUGGUACCAGCAGACUCAUGAGCAGCAGCAGCAACUGAACGUCCUGGUCCUGGCUAGUAGCAGCACUGUGGUCAUGCAGGAUGAGUCCUUCCCAGCCUGCAAGAUUGAGUUCUGAAAGAACCACCCUCCCUUACCUAAGGAUCCACUCCCCAGGCUCCUUUAGAGAAUGGCUACUGCUGAGUCCUCUGGGGUUGAGGGAGAUGGAGCUGGGCUGUGGGCAGUGUCUUGCUGUGGGGACUUUGAGCUAAAUGGGAGGUAUUAUCCCUUUCCUUCAUUAAUUUCUGAGAGGAGUCUUAAAAUCAAAGGUAACAGGGAUAGUACGGGGGAGGGUAAAAAAUUUAGGAUAAGAGGUCACCUGAUGCCUGAGAACCCUGGAGUGGUACCCUCUCCUAGCACUGCCAAAUUUGGUAUUGGAUGGGGAGUGAGGAUGGGUCUCAGCAACCUCCUCCCUCAUGGAGGGAGAUUAUAUCCCCAAUCCCAGGGGCCUCCUUAUCCCUAUUUAUUUAGCAUCCCAGGAAGGAUUAGUAAUUGUAAUUUAUGUGGGGAUAAGGAUUCCUCCAUCUCCCAUUCCCUUAGCUGCCAAGGUCUGGGUUCUAGCAGGGGUCUUGGGGUACACCGCUGCUACACUGUCCUACUGUUUCUCUCAGUAUCUGAAUGUCUCAAUCCAAAACUUGAAGCUCUUUAGACCAACAGACUGGUGAGAGGAGAAAGGAACUUAUCUCCCAGUCACUGCUUCAUACCAUUCACAUCCCAGGGCUGUACCCAGACCAGGCCUUUUAGGCAGCACAAAAGGGCAAGGAGAGCCCCAGUCCCAAUCCCAGAAUUCUUCCAAACUCCCUGACCCUUUGAAGUUUUCAGUCACCCCAUUCCAAUUAUCCUGACACUUCCUCAUCCUCUGCUUGGCUUCUCUGCAUGUGGUCAUCUGCUGUGGCCUGGUGUGUAAUGGGUUAAAAAUAAGCCACUGCUUGACAUCCCAACAUUUGACACCCCAGCCAUGUGCAACUCCCCCAACAUUCCACUAUGCCAUUCUGCAGCUGAAAUGGGAACACUGGCUGCCUCUCCAAACCCAAACUCUUGGAAAAAGGAUCUGGGAGGUGGAGGCCAGGCCAGAGGACUUGGGGGACGAAGAGAGGGAGGAAGGAAAGAGGGAGAUGAAACUGAGCUAUAGCUUAACUCCUACAGAGUGAAGUGAAAAUACCACCCCAGGAGAGGACCUCACCCCAAGCAAGCCAGUAAGCAGCCCUGCCAGACUACUGCUGGACUGAGAAACCCAGACGCUGAUAGUCAUCGGGGCUCACCUUCUCUGCCAAAUGACUGAGAAACCAAAAUGAGCCCACCUUGUGUUCUUCCUAGCUCCCACCCUCCCCUGUGCUGCUGUGCUCUGCUCCUCCCUGCACUUCCCUGCUAUAGUUCCCAGCUGCUGUAACAGAGCUGCCUCCAAGUCUAACAAUAAAUCAAGUUCAUUGCAGAUGGUGUAGUGCUGCUUAGGCUUUUUUGGACUCCGCACAUUGCUGAGUUACUGGGCCCUGGCUUCACCUCUGUGCUUCAACCAGCGUUGUCAUUUAUCUUGGAAGACUCCUUUGAUUACAGGAAGCAGUUCCAUGACCCAGGGGGAGUCAGAGAACAUAGUCAGGGUGGGUGCAGGGAGAAAUAGUAUGGGAGCCAGCAUAAUUUCUGAAAAUGGGGAAGAAUGUCUGAAUAUGGGGAAUAGGAGACUUAAGGUGAGAACAUGGUUUGGGCAAUGGAAGAGGGGAAGGAUGCCUCCUGGGAAUGGGAUCUGCAUUCCAGGGGGUCAACAGCAGAGGACCAUUUUAAAUAGAUAAGGGAGGGCUGGGGAUAUAGCUCAGUUGGUAGAGUGCUUGCCUCUCAAGCACAAGGCCCUGGGUUCAAUCCCCAGCACCACACAAAAAAUAAUAAUAAAUAAAUAAAUAAAUAAAUGGAUAAGGGAAACAGUAAACAGGUAAGGAGUUGUGGGGGCCCUGUGAAAUUCAGAGUCUAUUGAGGCUGGAAAUCCCUUCUCAUUGUGUAGUCACUGUGAAUAUUCCUCUAGGAAAGUAAAGACCCUGGAGUCUCCCCUUUUGUAUUUAUGGUCCUCAUGUAGUAAAAAGGUAGCUCCCUCACCGUGAAACCCUUUAUAGGGAGGGGGAAUUGUAGUCCUUCCCAUGUUCUGGGUUCUCCCAAUGUAAAGAUGACAAUGGGAUAGAGAAAGGGCAUGGCCUCUUUAUAUCAAGUCCUCCUGACCUUCACUCCAAGUCAUCAGAAUGGAAAAUUAGAAGGCUCUAAGGGUCUGGUGAGAAGUCAAGUACCCUCUGGUGCUUCUCAGCUCAAAUAUCCACUCCAACUACCCAACAGACUACUCAUUAAAGACUUUUGAAAUGGUGGGCUAACUGCUCCAGGGACCUUCUGGGAUGCCAGAUCUCUAUAUUUUUAUGACCCAUUCCUGCUCGACUGUAAUGGCUUUUGACUAAUUCAGAUUCAGUCACAGACACAGAUUAACUAACAGUCGUAUUCAUUCUUUAAUUCACAAGGACAUCACCACCACCACCACCGUUCUCAUUAUUUCAUAUUUAUUGAGCACUCAUAAUGUUCCGGCCCCCCGACUCCAAUGACUGUAUUACACCUCCUCCCCACCCUCACUCCCAUCCCCAGAUCUUUGGGAAAAGCUUAAUAAUCACAUCUGUUCUAAAGAAACAUGAUAUAAGGACAAACUUCUUGGGGACCCUGGAGUGAUUGGUCUUUGGCCAGUCUGUCCCUGGCAAACUACGGAAAUAUAUAUAUUAAAUCUUUGCUCAUGUCUGUA